AUGAGCUCCAGAAGAGAUUCAGGAGCAAGCAGCAGUCAGAGCGGAUUCUUCUGCUUAUCGAAUGUACAAGGCGAUUGGCAAACAUUGAAGGACCUUCUUCGAAGCGAAAUCCGAGGCCAACCUGGGUGGGUAGAUUUUCUCAAAGGUUCUACACCUGGUCAAACAGACGCAUAUUUCAGCGUGAAAACCGAGGAGGAUGCCGAUAAAGCCUACUACGCACUUACCAACAAAGGUCUUAACGGGGUUCCCGUUGGCGUUCAUCGAUUCAAUGACAAGACAAGUCCUCCAGCGUUAGUGGCCUGCAAUUGUCAAGAGCUCCACCCUGGCUGUGUUGGACAUCUUGGAGGCAUUUACGCGGACACUUCAGGUGUCACAUCACAUAUGAUGGCUCAAAUGCCGCAACACAUGGCCGCACCAUACUAUGCCACAGCUCCGGCAUAUGCUUAUCCAAUGCCCGCAAAUACAAUGCAACAUACUCAGACCUAUAUGGCAGUACCAUAUGCGGUGCCGAUUGCGACUACUGCUUACAGUAUGCAAAGCGUCAUGGCAUACGCAACGCCCCAAUACCAGUAUAUACCACAGCCUCCAGUCCAGCAGAUGCGGAUUAAUGCAAACGGAGGGACCGUCCCGAUGGAAGCUCGUGGGAUUUUCAUUUCCAAUAUUGACCAAUCUACCACGCAAGAGCAGCUUGAAGCAUUCCUUCGAGAACGAAACGCCCGUCCAAUAUCAGUCCGGCUACCCCGCGACCGCAAAAGGGCUCGUGGCCAUGCCACAGUACUGUUUGAUACAGGUAUGGAGGCGCAGAAUGCCAUGAUUGUACUAGACGGUCAAACUCUUCAAGGGAAGAAGAUCAGAGUCCGUAUGGACCAAAAUGCCACGGUUGUUGAGUCUUCGAGUGGGCCUCUUGUGGUGAACGGGUCAAGUCAAGGUACAAGGCAGCGUCGCUAA